AGAUGACAAAGAUAACGAUCCAUCCAGCAUGCGUAUAUCCUUUUCUACGACUUAGAUCAUUCUCCCUCCUUUGACAAUUCACACUUCGGUACAUCCUCCAUAUGUCUCUGCAGUCAAAGAUGUCGAAUGUAUGCGAAACGUAACGUCACCUCGCACCGGAAAUAAUCCAUGUAAACGCGAAUUGCAAACUAUACCUACACAUGAUAAAUGCAACAUAUUUUUUAUCGAAUAAUAUCAUCAAUACAGCGUAUCAUUUCGGAGACAGGUAUGAUAUAUCUUUAAACAUCGUAAGACGUCGCGACGGGUGUAAUAAAAAUGAUCGUGCGUUGAAAAAAUUAAUGGCACGAUGCGUUUGCGGGAUUGAGUUUUGAAAUUGACACUUGGAGAGACAAGAAAUCUCUCGAAAUAUAAGCCUACAUAAGUUAUCAGUUGUCGUAAUUACUCCAUGUCCCGAUUACGUUUUUCCACGAAAAAUAAUCUCGACUUUUCAUAAGAUAUCUUUUACUAGGUUAUGUUUACAUUGCAAAGAGUAUAAAUAUAUGUAAUAUUACAAAAAUGAAUGGAAUUAUACCUGAAAUGGAACAAAUUAUUAGUCAACUCGAGAGAGGUACUGUAGUUACCAAAUUCUUUCCGAGAAAGCGACCAGAAAAGAAAACUCUUAUGAUACGAAGAGAAACUAGACAAAUUGUUUGGUCAAGAAGUGCAACAUUUAGACCUUUUGAUGGUUCAGUGGAAAUAAGAGAAGUCAAAGAAGUUAGAAUAGGUAAACAAUCUAAAGAUUUUGAAAAAUGGCCUGAGGAUGCUAAGAGAAUUGAAAAUUUAAGGUGCUUUGUUGUAUAUUAUGGAUCAGAAUUUAGACUGAAAACUCUUUCUAUAUCUGCUCUUAGUGAAAAAGAAUGUGAAUUAUGGAUUAAGGGAUUGCGUUACUUGGUACAAGACACUAUAAAUGCGCCAUAUCCUUUACAAGUUGAAAGAUGGCUUAGAAAAGAAUUUUAUACAAUGGAAAAUUCCCGUGAAACGGUCACAUUGAAGGAUGUGAAAGCAUUUUUGCCUAGAGUUAAUUGCAAAAUUGCAACAAAUAGACUCAGGGAAUUAUUUCAAGAAGUAGACACGAGAAAUCGAAACGAACUUGGAUUUGACGAUUUUGUUAUCUUGUAUCAUAAUUUAAUGUUUGAUCAGAAUAAUCUUGCAGAUUGGCACAAACUGUUGAAUUAUUCCCAAAUUGAACCAACUGUCACACUUCAAGAAUUUCAGAACUUUUUAUUAACUGAACAGCAAGAUAGUUUGGGAAAUAACGAAUUAGAGAUAUCCCGUUUUAUUAGAGAAUAUUUACAAGAUCCUCAAAGGGACAUACAAGAACCAUAUUUUACUUUCUCAGAGUUUGUAGAUUUCUUAUUUUCUAAGCAAAAUGAUAUUUGGAAUCAAAAGUUCAAUCAAGUUUCUCAAGAUAUGGCUCGACCUCUUGCACAUUAUUGGAUAGCAUCAUCGCAUAAUACAUACUUGAUGGGAGAUCAAAUUAGCAGCGAAAGCAGUUGUCAGGCAUAUGUGCGUGCGCUAAGAGCAGGAUGCAGAUGUAUAGAGCUUGAUUGUUGGGAUGGUCCAGAUGGAAUGCCAUUUAUAUUCCAUGGACAUACACUCACUACUAAAAUUAAAUUUUUGGAUGUUAUUAAAACUAUUAAGGAGCAUGCUUUUGCUACAUCCGAAUAUCCUGUUAUUUUAUCUAUUGAGGAUAACUGUACUUUACCGCAACAACGUAAAAUGGCUAUGAGUAUGCAAGAGGUCUUUGGUGAUAUGCUGUUAGUUCAACCUGUUGACAAAAAUGAAACUUGUUUACCUUCCCCAUAUGCAAUGCGCAGAAAAAUUUUAUUAAAACACAAGAAGCUUCCCGAUGGUGUCGACGAAUCUUCGUUUCUUGUUCGAAAUGACGAAAGUAGACAAGAGAUGGAUCUUAGAAAUACUGUAAAAAAUGGAAUCCUCUAUUUAGAAGAUCCUAUUGAUAAAGAAUGGAAUCCUCAUUUUUUUGUGUUGACACAACAAAAGUUAUUUUAUACAGACACAUUUUCAAGAGUACAAGAAACGGAACAUGAUGACGAUGAAGAAAGUGGUAUUCGGAGAUCGUCAGAUGGCGCACCGAAUGACGAAUUGCACUUUGGCGAAAAAUGGUUUCAUGGAAAAUUAGCAAGAGGAAGAGAGGAGGCUGAAGAAUUAUUACGACACUAUUCCUAUCUCGGAGAUGGUACUUUUCUCGUACGACAAUGUGUUACAUUUGUAGGUGAUUAUUGUUUAUCGUUUUGGCGUAAAGGAAAAGUGAAUCAUUGUCGCAUCAAGCUGAAACAAGAAAUGGGUCAAACACAAUAUUACCUUAUUGAUACCAAUUGUUUUGAUAGCUUAUAUAGUUUAAUCACUCAUUAUCGUAAUCAUCCACUUAGGAGCCAAGAAUUUUUAAUCACGCUGCAAGAACCGGUUCCCCAACCAAAUAAACAUGAAGAAAAAGAAUGGUGGCAUCCUGAAUGCACUCGAAUUGCAGCGGAAGAGAUGUUAAAACGUAUACCUACAGAUGGUGCAUUCUUAGUAAGACCUAGUGAAAGAGAAAGUAAUUGCUAUGCAAUUUCAUUUAGAGCAGAAAAGAAAAUAAAACAUUGUAAAAUAAAACUUGAAGGCAGGCUCUAUACCACUGGAACUGUACAGUUUGAAAGCUUAGUUGAGUUAAUCAAUUAUUACGAACGACGUCCAUUAUAUAAAAAGAUUAAAUUGAGCCAUCCAGUUAAUCAAGAUAUUAUCAGAAGAAUGGGAUUGGAUAAUGAUGAUGGAUCUGUUUAUGGCAUCCCAGGUUAUAUGGAUCCUACAAGCUUUACAUCAAAAAUUACAGUUAAGGCUAUUUAUGAUUAUAAGGCUAAAAGAGAGGAUGAAUUGACAUUAGUGAAGCAUGCUAUAAUUACUAAUGUCAAUGUGCAACGUGGAGGAUGGUGGAGGGGUGAUUAUGGUGGUAAAAAACAACAUUGGUUUCCUGCUAAUUAUGUGGAAGAAAUCGAUGAACAAGAAAAUCAAGGAGAUUCCGCAGAUUCCAUGAUGCUUGGUAGUUUGCAAAAAGGUUCAUUAGAUAUCAUGGGUGCUGUAGUAGAACUAACAGUCGGGGAGAGAUUAGGUUUGGAAUGGAUUUUAAGGAUACAAAAUCCUAGUAUGUGUUCAGUAUUCGAAGUCGCUACACCAUCGAAGGAUACCGCCUUAGAAUGGAUGUCAAGUAUCAAAGAGACUGCACAAAAUGCAAGUGUUAGGGAAAGUCAGCAUAAAGAAAUGGAGAGAGCAUGGAGAAUAGCCAAGGAAAUGUCUAAUCUUAUAGUAUACUGUAGAUCAGUUGCAUUUAACAUAGAACGAAUAAGAACUAAGGGAUUUACAUUCAAUGAAAUGAGUAGCUUCCCGGAAACAAAGGCUGAAAAAUUAAUGUGUCAACAAGAAAAUAAAUUUUUUAUAAAGUAUCAUCAGAUUCAAUUUAGCAGAGUUUAUCCAAAGGGUCAACGUAUUGAUUCAUCUAAUUAUAAUCCUGUACCAAUGUGGAAUGCUGGUUGUCAGAUGGUAGCUUUGAAUUAUCAGACUGGAGACAAAUCAAUGCAAUUGAAUCAAGCUAAAUUUAAAGAGAAUGGCAAUUGUGGUUAUUUAUUGAAACCAGAAUUCAUGUUUAGACAAGACUUUAAUCCAUAUGAUAAAAAUACAUUGUAUGGAGUUGAAUCACUUAAAAUCUGCUUGAAAGUUAUUGGAGCUAGACAUUUAAUGAAAUCAGGAAGAGGCACUGCCAGUCCAUCCAUUGAAGUCGAAAUUAUUGGUGCAGAUUUUGACUCUGGAACAAAAUUAACAACAAAGACAAUACCGGAUAACGGAUUUAAUCCAAUGUGGAAUGAAACAUGUGAAUUUGAGAUAUUUAAUCCAUAUUUUGCUCUUAUACGAUUUUUAGUACAAGACGAAGAUAUGUUUGGUGAUAGUAAUUUCAUAGGACAAGCUACUUAUCCAGUGCGUUGUUUAAGAACGGGAUAUAGAAGUGUUCCAUUAAAAAACGUAUAUAGCGAAGAUCUUGAGCUUGCUUCUUUAUUAGUACAUAUUAAAAUUAUAACAUCAUCGAUAAUAAGAAAUGCCAUCUAAAGAGUUACUUGCUAUAAUAAUCGAUAAUAAUCUAUACAUUUAAAUUAAAAUCUCUUAUUGAGAUUUGUUGUUCAGUAUAGUCACAUACAUAAUGCAUAAAAUAGAUUGACAAAAAGUUAAAUCUACAUUAUAAAAUAUUCAAUUGGUAAAGAUUGGUGAAAAUACCAAAUUAGCAUAAUUAUGUAUAAAGCAAAAAACUAUCAUGAAUGAUAUAUGUCAUAAUGUAGUAUACAAUGGCAUAAAAUCAACAUAUGUUAGGUCAAACAUAUCGUUAGAAGACUGUAUAUAGUUAUAUUGUACACACACUUUACAAGUUAACUCUACAGAUUAUAUAAGAAUAUUAUAAAAAUUUAUUAGAAAUAUUUCUAUAAUUGGAGUCUGAAUAAAACAGAGAAUUGAACAUUCUGAUGCAUUCUCUCAUGAAAAGAGAGACAGACAAAAUAAAUGAUGAAAUGAGGAAUUAAGAAAUUUUUUAAUUAAAAAAAUGGCUCUAAUAUAAAGUAGGAAGACAAUAUGUGCAAACGUGAUCUAGAAUAGGUAGAUUUUAUUACUAUGAUAUAUAUAGAUAUUUUGAUUGCCUAGCCUAUA